AUGUCCGAUAUCGAUUCACGUCCCGAAGAUGGCGAGGUGCGCGAUUCCGACGAUGAAUCGACCGACGCUGAAAUGAGAACUAACGAACCAGAAAGUGAGCACAAUUCUCGAAAACGCACUCUAUCCGAGCAUUCUGAGCACAAAAAGAAGAAAGAAAAAAAGCACAAGAAGGAGAAAAAACAUAAAAAAGACAAAAAGCAUAAAAAAGAGAAGAAAGCGAAACGUGACAAAGAAAGGGAUGACGAGGAUGAGCCUCCAACAAAGCGACGCGCUUCUGUAGACGAUAUUGUUGAGAAAAGAGAAAAACGCAAUGAUCACGAUGAAAAAGAGAAGCACAGAGAUGAGAACGAAGUCCGGAGCGACGUCGUGAACCAGAACGUGCCGCGCGAGAUCGAACGAGAAGUCGAGAAAGACGGGAUAAUGAACGGCUUGCAAGAGAAAGAAGCCGCGAAAGAAGGGAGUCUGAAAGGGUUUUGCGAGAGCGGAGUAGAGAACGACGAGAUGCCGACCGAAGGCAAAAUAUCGAACGACAAAGAAGUCGGGAUCGACGGGAUGUCAGAAGGUCGCCGGACCGAAGGAGAAGUCCUGAUCGAUUCCAAAGGCACCGUCGCGAUGAUAGUCGAAAUCGACGAGAUAUUCGCCGACGUGAUGAUCGUAGAAGGUCAAGAUCGAAAGAUCGACGACGAUCAAAAACCAGUUGAGUGGAGUCUUGAAUCGGAUUCUGACGAUGAGGAGAAGAAAAUUGAGGAAAUGCGAAAGCGUCGGCAGCAAAUUUUGAAGAAAAUUUCAGGCACUCGAGAAAAUACACCUAUGCAAGAAAAUCAGCCGAAAGAGGAAGAAGAAGAGCCGAAAAAGGCUUCGGACCAGGAGAAUGAAGAAAGUUCAGAAUCGGAUUCAGAUUACGAGAAGGAGGCACUUAUUCGAGAAGCCCAGAAAAUGGUUCAACAGUCUCGACUAGGAAGCGAUUCGCCUUCAAGCGGAAUAUCGACGCCAGCGAGAAUCGACGAUGAAAGUGCUGGAGACUUUUUCGAUGGUCUUCGAGAGAAAAUUGAGCAUAUUGAAAACGCUGAUAAGAAAAUAGCGGAAGAGAUUAAAAAAGAGCAGGCAAAAGUGAAAAAGCAAGAAGAAGCUGAGAAAAUGAAAAAAGAAGGUGAAAAUGACGAUGAUGAUGAUGAUAUGGAAAUGAAGCCGAAAAAAGAAUUUGAUAUGUUCGCCGAUGAUAACGAGCUUCCUCAAGAUAUUGCCACAAUUGAUGGGCAUAUGGGUGCCAAACAUGAGACAUUAAAGGAUAACUGGGAUGAUACUGAUGGAUAUUACCGUGUUCGUAUUGGAGAACUUCUCGAUAAUCGCUAUCGAGUUACGGGAUUUACUGGCGCUGGUGUGUUUGGAAACGUUUGCCGAUGCACCGAUCAGUCGAGAAAUAACACGGUCGCCGUAAAAAUUAUAAGAAACAAUGAGAUUAUGCGAAAAACUGGAAUUCGAGAAAUGGAAAUUUUACGAAAAUUGAAUGAAGCCGACAAGGAAGAUCGCUAUCACUGUCUUCAACUGUACAGAACUUUUACUCAUCAUAACCAUCUUUGUUUGGUUUUUGAGAAUUUGAGCAUGAAUCUCCGUGAACUUCUCAAAAAAUAUGGGCAGAAGGAUGGAUUGCACUUGAAAGCGGUUCGCAGUUAUGCUCAGCAGCUUCUUCUUGCUCUCAGACUUCUAAAGAAAUGUGGUCUCGUCCACGCUGAUAUUAAACCUGAUAAUAUUUUGGUAAACGAAUCGAAAUUGACGCUGAAAUUAUGCGAUUUCGGUUCAUCGGGACAUGUGAAUGAGCAGGAAAUCGCGCCAUAUUUGGUUUCGCGCUUCUACAGAGCACCGGAAAUCAUGCUUGGAGUCCCUCAUGACUACGCAAUUGAUCUUUGGUCUGUGGCUGUGACACUCUACGAGGUUUAUACUGGUAAAAUUAUGUUCCCCGGAAGAUCGAACAAUCAUAUGUUAAAGUUGUUCACUGAUGUGAAAGGGAAAUAUCCAAACAAAUUGGUGAGAAAAUCGCAAUUCAAAGAUCAACACUUUGAUUCGAAUUGUAAUUUGCUGUAUCAUGAAAUUGACAAAGUCACGCAAAGAGAUAAGAUCACGGUUUUAUCGAAUCUUAAGCCAUCACGUGAUCUGGAGGCCGAACUCCUUGGUGGUCAACGUCUUAACCGUGAGCAACAUGAGCAGGUCGGUAUGACAUCAUUUCGGCAAGUACUCGAUGGAAUGCUCAUGUUGGAUCCGGCGAAGAGAUUGACGUGCAAUGAGGCGUUGAAGCAUCAAUUCUUCUCGUUGCCGAUCAAAUAA